AUGGCAUCAUCAGCAACAACACCCAGCAUCAUGCAAAUGCUUUCUUAUAUUUGUUCGCUCACUAGCCUCCUAACUAAGCAUGUGGCUGAUUUCUUUUGGAUUUUGCUGCAGUACAUCCCAGUUCUGAAUAGCCUCCUGUCCAGCCAGAAGCAGCAGCUCACCUUCAGCACCCGGAAAGGUCUGGAAUGUAUCGCGCCCUUGUUUGCCAGCGUGGAAGAGACACCCCAACCGAUCCCUACGUGGGUCAAAGGGAAAAUCCCCCCAUGGCUCAAGGGAAAACUGCUGAGGAAUGGGCCUGGGAAGUUUGAGUUUGGAAAAGAUCAAUACAACCACUGGUUCGAUGGUGCCGCCCUGCUACACCAGUUCACAAUUGAGAAGGGGGCUGUGACCUACCAAAGCAAGUUCCUCAGGAGCGAUGCCUACAAGGCCAACAGCCAGUACAACCGGAUCAUGGCCUCUGAGUUUGGAACCCUGUCUAUGCCGGACCCUUGCAAGAGCAUUUUUGAGCGGUUCAUGUCGAGGUUUGAAAUGAUGGACGCCACCGACAACUGCAAUGUGAACUAUGUGGUCUACAAGGGGGACUAUUAUGUCAGCACAGAGACCAACUUCAUGCACAAAGUGGAUGUGGAAACCCUGGAGUCCAAAGAGAAGGUGAACUGGACAAAGUACAUUGCUGUGAAUGGAGCAACUGCGCACCCGCAUUAUGACCCAGACGGAACAGCGUACAACAUGGGCAAUUCGUAUGGGAAACAUGGUUCAAACUAUAACAUCAUUAAGGUCCCCCCCCAGAAGUCUAGUCCCGAGGAAACCAGUCUGCAGGGUGCAAAAAUCCUGUGCACCAUUCAGCCGGAAGAGAAGAUGAAGCCCUCCUAUUACCACAGUUUUGCAAUGAGCAACAACUAUGUGAUCUUCAUUGAGAUGCCUCUCAAAAUGCACCUGUGGAAGCUUGCCGCAGCCAAGGUCCUUGGAAGGUCCUUUUUGGAUGGGAUCAACUGGGAGCCGCAGCACAGCACCCGCUUCCACGUGGUGAACAAGCUCACUGGAGAGGUCCUGCCGGUGCAGUACUAUGCAAAGCCCCUCAUGUCUUUCCAUCAAAUCAAUGCCUUUGAAGAUCAAGGCUGCAUUGUUCUCGAUCUCUGCUGUCAAGAUGGUGGGGGAGCUGUUGACAUUUAUCGACUGCAGAACCUCCGCAAGGCAGGGGAAGCCCUGGACCAGGUCUAUAACUCGGGAAUGCAGCCACUUCCGUGGCGCUUUGUUCUUCCCCUCCACGUGGAUCCCUGUAGCCCUGCUGGAGAAAAUCUCAACCCCUUGGCCUACACAUCAGCAAGAGCUGUGAAAGAGGCUGAUGGGAAGAUCUGGUGUACGCAUGAAGGUCUACAUGAUGAGAACCUAAAGGAAGCAGGAGGCAUGGAGUUCCCCCAGAUUAAUUAUGCCCGUUGCAAUGGGAUGAAAUACCAGUUCUUUUACGGCUGUGGGUUUGGUCAUAUGGUUGGAGACUCGUUGGUUAAAAUCGACACGAAGACCAAGGAGAUGAAGAUUUGGAAAGAGAAAGGCAUGUAUCCUUCUGAGCCGGUGUUUGUGCCAGAUCCUAAAGCUACAGGAGAAGAUAGCGGAGUCAUCCUUUCUGUCGUGAUCACACCCAAACAGAACCAAGGCACUUUCCUGCUCAUUCUUGAUGCUGAGAAAUUCACCGAAUUGGGCAGAGCAGAAGUUCCCGUGCAAAUGCCGUACGGUUUCCAUGGCAUGUUUGUCCAGCAUUAGCAGGGAUCCUAUUCUUGGACGGCUGCAUAACAACAAGGAAAGACUCCAUAACGCUUUGAAUCUCGAGGAUUCUUCCCUUUGUGGCCGUGGACACCUUCAGGAUGUGCCUUGCUUUCCUUGCCUCUCCAAUGGUGUUUGAGAAGCUGCCCUGAUCCACAGAGGUAUU